AUGUCGUACAAUGAGAAGCGACAAAAGCAAAUCGAGAAAAAUCGUUUUGAGGCUGAGGAUCGAGAAAGGGAGUUGCGAAAACCGAAACGAGUUGUGGAAGUUGAACGACGUGAAGAAGCGCUAAGCCAACCGCUUGAUGAAGAAACAAAGGGAUUUCAACUUUUGGUCAAAAUGGGGUUCAAGCCCGGAAUGAGUCUGGGAAAGAAAAAAGACGAAAAUGAUCUUGGAUCUGGUAUCAGAGAGCCGAUUCCAUUGGAAGUGAAGACUGAUCGAACCGGUUUGGGACAUGGAGCGGCUGAACAAAGUCAAAGUAGGAAAAGACUACAAGCGGUAAUGGAUAGAAUGGCAAAACAAGCACGGAUGGCGGAUGAACUUUCCGAUGAAUAUCGCCAAAAGCGACGCAUGGAAACACUUUGUCGAAUAAUGGUUCGAGCUAUCGUGAGGGCUCGAAAAACUUGCGCACAACUCGAUUCACAAUGUUCACUCGAUGUUCCAAUUGUUGACUGGUUUUGGCCAUCAUAUAAACGAGGAAAUGAAGACGAUGCGCAAGCACUGAAAAGGAGCCAAUGUACCGGAUAUUUCUACGCUAAUAAAACGCCUUGCCCAAUUGUUCAACAAAAGUCAACCGAUUUGACAUCAACCGAAUUGUUACAACGGAUUCGAAAGUUGCACUCACAUCUCAUCGCUCAAUAUCUUUAUUGUGUCUUUUGUGAAAAAGAAUUUAUGGAAGAAGAGGAAAUGAACAUCGAUUGCCCGGGAAUUGAACAACAUGAACAAGAAUUAAUGACAAAGUACCAAUAUAACGGCAUUGAUGAAAUACAGUCAAUUUACAAGAAUUGCCGUGAUGAAUGCUUCAAAAAAGAUUCUCGCAAUGGUAUUUCCCAACCAACAAUUCCCUGGUUUUGGGAUGCAACGUUUAAUGCGACUUUAAUCGGUCAAUUGAGAAAAGAGGAGUUAGAAGCGCAAAUGGUAAGAUAUGUUUACACUAAUGGUAGAGACGCUCCGCCCGAACCACGAUUCGACGAGUUUCCAUUGGACGACUUGAAAGAAAAACUAGCUGAAAUUGUUGUUUAUCUACGAGAUCGUCAUUAUUAUUGUCUUGGCUGCGGAACGCAGGCCGAAAACGCCAUGGCACUGGAAAAUGUUUGCGAUGGCGACCACGAUGAAAACGACUAUGCUGAAGGA